AGCCUGCGUCUCCAAUAACAGCGCUGCAUGGCUCCAGAGUAACUUGGGUCCAUUCUCUGUUCUGGCAAACAUGUCUCUUCUGCUCCAGCUCAAUGGCCUCUUCAAGCCGUUGGAGGCUCUGGAGGUCCUCUCUCCUGGUCAGAUGGCUGAGCUCAUGGUCGCCCCUCUGCCCGGCCUCUCUGACAAGGAGGACGUCAUCGACGGAGUGUUUGACUACCUGGCGCCAUCCCCGCUGGACAGGAGACUUCCGGAGGUCCUGCAGAGCGUUGUCAUGCUUUCUGCGCAACCGGGAAUCAUCCCUUGCUCCUCCUACAAAGUCUUGUUCAACAGGAUGGAUCGGCUCAUCCCCGUGGUGACUGUGGCACUGGAGACCGUCAUCACCUCUGCCAAGACAGCCCUCCUCACCCGAGUCCCACCAGGCUGCACCAUCUACAGUGGAGAGUGUAAUGUCACUCCGAUUAAUGAGACUGAGAUCUGCCUCAACAUCAACAGCACUGCUUUACAGCAUCACCUGGACAACCGACAAGCAUCCGGCUCUCUGUGCAACUUCAGCGUCUCACAGUAUGCAUGUGCAGAGUUGUCCACUUUGACAGCUGAAGACCUGGUGACGUUGUUUACGUGUAAAAUGAAUGAGGAUCAUCCCAAAGAGACCUGGAAGCUCCUCAUCACCAAAGUCAAUCCCAUCCUGGGUCAUGCCCUCGACCUCUUCAACGGCACGAUGCUCACUGCCAGUCCCGCUGUCUCGCACGUCCUGGACGUGAUCAGUGAGGUCUCCUUCAGCACCUUCAGCACUGAGCACGUGCGGGACGUGGCCUACGUGAACCGCUGGUUCCAGACGCGCCUGAGGCCCUUCCUGCCCUUCGUCACCCCGGCCUUCCUCUCCUGCCUGGCCACCAAGAACUUCACCUGCCAGACCUACCAGGACGUUGUGCAGACCUUGGGACAUCGCUAUGGAGAAAUGGCAGAUUCCGCCCAGAUACAGGUCUACACUGACUUCAUCGAGGUCUUCCUCUCCAAGAAGCCCGUCGCAGGCUGUACCGCUGGCAUUGCGAACAGUGCUGUUUGGCUGGAGAAGAACUUUGGGCCGUUCUCAGCUGCCGCCUCAGUCCUGGACAUGCAGAGACUGCAAGGCAGCUUUUCUCUGAUGGAGGCCCUGCCCAGACUCAUUCUGAGGCAGCUGGUGGAGGCCUCCGUCACCCCAGGCCUGCUCACGAGCCCCGCAGACGUCACCACCCUGCUGCAGCGCGUCCCCGACCCCCUCCUGGCCUCCUACUUCGACAUGCUGGCUCCCGCCGCGCAGGGGAUAUCAAUCGCUGCACCGCUCCGCUCAGCGAUGCUUCAGCAGGUGUUUGAGCGUGCCAACCUGUCCACGGCGUCUGUGCCUGACAGCGAGGCGCUGGUGUGGCUGAACGACCGCAUGGCGUUCCUGCUGCCCAACCUCUCGCCCGACCACGUGGGGCCCUACUUCAACAUCAUCAGACUGCGACAGUGCAACACCAGCCAGCAGGCAGUGGCCUUGCUCAACACUACCCUGCCCACACUUGAUGAUGACACUCAAGCCCAGGUGUACAGCAACAUCAUCAGAGUACUAACAGAACCCUCACCUCUGCGCUGCUACGGCAGUGGAAGCUUCUACUCCUUCCUGGAGACGUCCUUCAUGGGCUUCGGGUUCCCCAACCUCACCACCUUCCUCUCCCUCAUACCAGCCAGCCGCAAGGCCGAGGUGAUGAACUCCAUCCCACCCGCUCAAGUGGGCAGCUUCCUCCGAAGGCCUGGCACAGUAGAUGACAUGACCAAACUCUGCCAGAUCUUUGACGACUACACCCAGACGCCGCAGUUCUUGGAAACGGAGUCGGUUCCAGAGGCGAUCCAGCCACACAUCCUUCCCUGCGUGUGGCCCCGGGCCCUCGCCGCCGGCUCCCCGGCCGAGGCGGACCUCUGGUUCGACGCCGCCCUGAGCCGCUACCUCCGCUACCUCAACAAAGACCUCGUCAGCUACGCUGUCCUCCGGGACGCACGCUGUCUGGCCUUCAGGAAGUUUGUUGCCGCGACAGAAAACCAUAACUACACCUCCUCCGACUUCACCCAACAGGACGUGUACUCAACUAUACACAGCUACCUCUCCAUAGCCCCCACUCCGAGAUGCUACAACGCAUCUCUUCCCCAGCUGGCAUCCACCGCCUGGUUCGCGAACUACAUCGGCACCUUCAUCGAGUUCACCUCCCUGCAGGAUCUCAAUACUUUUGGAGGCGCAAGUCUCCAACCUUUCACCACCAAUCUGGCGAACCUCCUUCUCUUCAACCAGACCGCCGUGCCACUGAACGUCACCAAUUUCUAUGUAGAGCUGUUGUACCAGCAGAACCCCAACUUCAGUCCCGUCCAGUGA